AUGGAAAGUUCUUCACCUAAAAUUGUCAAGAAGCCUAUACCAACACCAAGAAAGAGCAUCAUUACCAAUUCAGAAACAAUAUCAAGAACUUCUCCAACAAAUAUUCCAGAAGACAAUACCAAUGUCAAUUCCAAUACUUUAACAAAGCGUGUAAGUUCUGCAUCAAAACAACUAGCUGGAGAUAUAAGCCAAUUGGUUCUUGAUAGAAAGAAGGCAGUUAUAGAAAGUACCAGACAGAGUGUAAGGCGCUUAACAAGACGAUUCAGUUCUCAGGAACAAAGUAAUGUAGAAGAAGUGCUAAAUGAUGAUGAAGAGGAUACAAUAAAUGUAUUUAGCUCUAUUACAUUUAAAUCUCCUAUUUCACACAUAGAAAAUAUUUAUAACAAUGCAGAAGAUCCUAAUUCCAGUUCUUCUGAAGAUUCUGUAGGAUUGCCUCCACCUUCUCAUCCUCCUCCUCCAUUACCUGAUGAUACUUUAUAUGAUGCACCUCUUUCUACUAUAUCUAGUAGUAACUCUGGGCAAUCCAGAACCUCUAAACCAAGAACAAAUGCUUAUGAAAGUAUCUUUCCAAUGAAUUGUCAGCAGAAUCCUGACCAGAGUGAAUCUGACAGCAGUUCAAAUGGAACUGAAGAUUUAUCUAGAUCCGAAUCAUGGAGAUUCUAUGACCCAGUAACUAGGAAAGAUGAUAAAGAUAUAAAUAUGUGUAAUAAUACUGAGGAGAGCAUGGUGACAAGCUCGGUGACAAGAGAACUUACACAACUUGACACUAACAUUGAUCUCAAUUCAAAUAUCAGUACAAUAGAUAUCAGAAAUAGUAUGUACUCCAGUAUGUAUGAGAAUCAUGAGAUCUUGCCUAAAUCUAGACCUCCUAGAGCUUCUGAAAGUGUGAUAUUGAUGUUUGAUCCAUUGACCAAGGAGAACAGUGCUGAAUAUGCAUAUGGCCGAAUCAAUGAUUUCAAACUCCUGGAGGAACUUUUACAGGGCGAUCUUUAUGGCAACAUAUCCAAUGCUCAUACAAUCGACGAAUGGAGCAUCUCCAAUGACUCCGAAACCGAAGACGUCAUGAGCCCUCCGACACCCCCUAUCAGAAUCGAUUCUCUACCUGAGGAUGAUCCGGACACAGAAAAUGCGGCCUCAAAGUCGAAAACGAGUUGGUUUACAGAUAGUAACGCGGUUACCCAGCCAGUGAGGCAAACUUCUGUGGAAAACAAGAUGACCAGUUGGUUCAAGCAAGUGAAAGGGGUGUUGGAGAAAGCUCCGGAGGUUGUGAGAGGAAAUAAAAAUAAGGAUAAUAUGGUGGAGAGAGCAGCCAUUGGUGUAAAUAGGGUUAUCCUGAAGAAAGGUAUGCUUUAUAAAGUCCAAAGUGGACCAGUUGAAGACUUAUUUGGAGAAUAUAGUGGGAGAUGGUGUUGUCUGGAGAAUUCCAGUUUACUUUGCUACUCUGAUAAUUCUUGCCAAAAUCUGAAGGAACAUUUUCCAGCACAGAAUAUACUGAGUGUCCAGAUUCUUCAGGAUAAAAAAUACAAUUAUAGAUAUGAUAAUGAUGACCUGUAUUGUUUUGAGAUAAACACAACUGGUAAAAGUAGAGGAGGUCAUGUGUAUGGCUCAAGAAAUAAUAGUGAAAGGCGAAUCUGGAUGCAGUUCAUUGCAGAGUCUCUCACAAAUCGGUUUUCAAGCAAAAUCACAACUAAUUUCACAAGAAUGGGAUGGGCUUAUGUCCGAGAAGGAGUCGGUGGCAAAUGGAUUGGAGCAUGGAUUGUUUUGAGUGAAAGGGAAUUUUCAUAUGCCAUAGAUGGCCAAUCGGUUAAAAAGAUGGAUCUCAAGAAAGCAAGAUGCAUUCUUCUUCAUGCUUAUGUAGAAAAUGAAAAUAAUCCGAGAACCAAUGAUAAAGGUCCAAACAUGUUGAUUGAUUCUCCGGAUCUGGUUUUAUAUUUGAGGAUGUGGACAUCUAGAGAAACAAAGGUUUGGUGCCACAUAAUAAAACUAGAAGCUCAUAAUAAUGGAGCUAACUUAGAUCAACAGCAGCUCACCAAAAAUGACGUACCAGUGAUUGUAGAGAAAUGUAUUAAUUUUAUUUAUGCUCAUGGUAGUAUGACUGAGGGUAUUUAUAGACGACCCGGAACUGGAUCUUCAGUUUCUGAAUUAUUGUCGAAAUUCAGAAAAGACGCAUUUGCUGUUCAGCUCACUAAUGACCAGUGCACUGAUCAUGAAGUAGCAACUGCUUUGAAAAGAUUUUUCAGAGAUUUGCCAGAACCUCUUCUGGGUAGUAAUCAAAGACAGUAUCUCCAUGAAGUUUCAAAGCAUAAUAAUAAAGAUGAAAGGAUAAGAAUGUACAGAGCUGCUUUAGAUCAACUCCCCCAAGUGUCUUACAAUACAGGAAGGAAGUUGUUUGGACACCUCCAUUUCAUAAGUUCACAAAGUUCAAAGAACCUCAUGACUAUUGAUAAUCUCGCGUCUAUUUGGGGGCCGACACUGCUACAUCACGAGAAUAGAGAUGUAGAGCCAAAUGUAAGUCACAACCACAAGCUUGAUACUGAAGUUGUAGGUCAACUAAUAAAAUUUUACCGUCAUAUAUUUCCUGAAGAUCCAGGAGAACUAGAGAAAGAAAGACACAUGUUGAAAGUAUUAGAGAAAUAUUCAAAAUGCCCACAAGGAUCUGUGAGUAAUAAGAAGAGUGCAGGAGAUUUGAGAAUCUGGAUUUACAUACACAAUAAAGAGGGAAAGGCUUAUAAUGUAUCAGUGGGCCCUAACAAAAAGGCUUAUGAAGUAUGUAAGGAGCUAUGUUCACACACUAAGUUAUUGGUACAUGAAUUAGUACUUGAAGAAAUAGUUUUGAAUGAUAAAUUAGUAAGGCCCAUACAUCAUGAAGAGAAGGUUCUGGAUGUUGUCUUGAAAUGGGGUUACUGGGACGAGCAGGAUAGGAAAGACAAUUAUCUGACUUUAGCACCAUUGUCGAAAUAUUGGGAGUUCAUUAUAGAAAAGCCGAUUCCUGUGUCAGGUGAAAUGAAAUUUGCUGAUAACAAAUCUAAAUUAUUCAAACUACUGACUUUCCAAUUUUCUCAAGGAAAAUUAACUUGUUACAAAGAUAAAUCGGGUGAGAUUAACCUACAUUCCUGGAAUAUUGAAGACAUAGUCUGGUACCUUGGCCAUGAGUCGAAACGAAAUCCACAAUCUAGAUGGACAAUAACUUUUAUAGAGGCCACCACCCAUCCUGUAAGGACAAAAAUCACACCAUAUUUCGGAAACGUGGUAGUAUGGAACGAUGCGUCUUUGAGGGCAAACUGGUUGAGUGCCAUGUUGAAAUCAAGGUAUCCAACUAACUUGGCACCCCCUCCCAACUUGAAAGGAAUCGCAAAAACAGGCCUCAGGUUUCAAGGCUAUCCGAUUAUGUUUUUUUAAUUUUCCAUUUAUUUGUUGA